CAUAUCGAUAUGUCGCGUUUCUAGAGUUGCCCUUGAUUCCGUGUAUAAAAAAAUACUGUUUUUACGAAGUUUACAUGAUAAUAUUAUAAAAAUUAUUGUGUGUGUUAUUAUAUUAAAUAACAAUAAAGUGAUGUGAAGUGUUUGAAACUAUAUAAACAAAUCUACAGUGUUAAAAUAGCGUAGCGUCACCUGACUGAGCUCAUUGUCAUUUCCCGCCAUUUGCUUUGCUAACUUUUAUUUCGAUUUAUAGUUUUUAUUGAACAGUGUCCAUGUGGAAUCAUUACUUUUUGUUAUAAUUGUGCUCAAGUAAUGUCAUUAGACAGUAAUGAUGUCUGUUUGCUAGAACUGGAAGAUUAUAACUUGUACGAGGAAGACGCACCCGAUCACGCUAUCACAAGGAGUGAAAAACAUACCUUAUCUGGUGGCAAAACUAUGGAGGCAGAGAAGAGAAUUAGGCGAGAGAUUGCAAAUAGCAAUGAACGCAGGCGGAUGCAGAGCAUCAAUGCUGGUUUCCAAGCAUUACGAACUUUGUUACCCCGACAUGAAGGAGAAAAACUUAGCAAGGCUGCUAUUCUACAACAAACUGCAGAAUACAUCUACUCAUUGGAACAAGAAAAAACAAGGUUAUUAUCACAAAACUGUCAACUGAAGAGAUUGUUGAACCAACAUGAAGGGGGUGAAAUACCUUUGAAGAAAAGGAAAAGUGAAAUUAUUACACAUGUUCCUUCAAUUAUUCCCGAUUCAACAGAUGAUACUAUUACAAACACAAGAUCUCCUGAGCCUGUAGCUGUGAUUACAGUGUCAAGUAUGCCCCAAAAGAAAGAACCAGAGAAUGGAGAGCUUUUGGUACAGUUAGAACAAGAGAGACGGCUGAGACGCUUGUUGGAGGAACGCUUAAGUGCUCUUGAGGUUCAAAUAUAUCCAGAAGCAACCCAAGAAGUGGCUCACACUGUAGUGCACUACGAGCAAACGGAGGUUGCAGAUUGCAAAAUUGAGACUAAGGAGGCAGAACCACAAGUAGUGGAAACUAUAACUACUGCACCCUUAUUGGAAGCCGCUAUUAAAGCAGAACCUAGAGUGGAAGUAGAGGUUCUUCCUGAUGCAUCUCAUGACCCACCUUCGAGAUUAUACCUCGCUAGUACAAGCCGGCAAAAUCUCGAGACAAUUGUUGAAGCCAUACGCCACUUGGAGGGAGACCACUUAUUUCGUGAGGAGUCCGGUGACGCGCCACUCGCGCUCACAAAGAAAGCAGAAAUUACGCCCCCACAGAGACCAGGAGUUAUUGUUGUGAAGCAUUCGUGAGUGCAUUGAACUAGUCUGUCUGGCUUCAUUUUUGCUUCCAGUGGAAGAGUACUCCUUACCCUCCUCGAAUAUAAAUAGCUUUUAGUUUCUUAGUUGUUUAGUUGUCUUUCCAAAGUGACAAAUUGAUAAGUCUGUGUUUUGUUUAGGUUUUUUACAUUGAAAGUCAAGGUGAAUGAAAGAGUGGAAAGAGAGGAAUGUAUCGAGAUAUAGAACGGCGCUGUGCUUAGUUUAGUUUCAAAUAUUUGGAUAAUAUUUGAAAUGUUUAUUGCAGGCUUAUUGUAAUAAUUGUUAGAUAGAAGAUUGACUGAUUUAUGUAAGUUUAUUGGAACAUUAGACACAAGUUUGCCGCGUGCCAAUAUGUCCAUUUCAGAAAAAUUAGCCAAUAGUUUUAAUUAUUAUCAUUCUAAAUAGUUUAUAUUGUUAUGAUAAAUUCUAAUAAAAUAUCAUGAUAGCAAUAAAACAAUGGGAUUUAAGAGUGAAAUUUGUUUAUAAGCUCCAUUUUAAUAUCCAAACAUGAAAGUUAAAUUCUAAGAUUUAAGUAAUAUUUAUACAAUAUAGGCAUGCGGCACAGCAGUUCUCCUUUUUGUAAUGUAGAAAAAAUUUACUGUUAACAUACUGUUCUUAGAUAAAAUAUAAUUUUUUUGUAUUAACUCAGGCCCCGGAAUCACAGACACAAUAGAAAAUCUAUUGUGUCGUGGCCUGAUCGGGCCGCUCGGGGCUCAAUGGGUUAAAGCAAAAUUUUCACAUCCCCAGUUGUAUAAACUAGUUAACACCAGUGAUUUUUGUAUUAGUACGAAAUUUUGUAGUGGCUUUGGUAUCACUUUCAGUGAAGCAUUCCAUGUUGAUGCUACCAGUGUAUAAAAGAAUAUGAUUUAUAAAAUCUUCUCAAUAUUAUUAUUUCUAUAUCUAUAUAAUAAUAACUGUAAUUGGUUAAACAUCUAAGGUAAAAUUUCUUAUGCAUUAAAUUCUGACAUAAAUAAAUUGGCAGUGUGCUGAAACUUUCAUAGUUUGCUGUGCACAUAGAGUAAUUGUAGCCUAGUAUUGAACGAUUUGGCUUUAGAAUAAUCUAAGAUGAUUUAAUCAUCAAUUGUAAUCUGAAAAAUAAUGUCAAACUUAUUUCUUACUUUCAUAGUGUGUAAGAUUCGUGGGUUGCUCAAUCCAUGAUAUACCUAGCUAAUAAAAUCCGAAAUGAUUUUAUUGUUUGCUUAUAUGUGCUGUAUUUUUUCCGUUGAAAUUUAACCAGCAGUGCUUUUUGUUAGUAAUUUCAAUUAAUUCAUGUAAGUUUUAAAUGUAUUUUGUUUUAAGUUAGACUCAGUAACAGAGUGAUGUACAAUGUAUUAUGUAAAAGUAGCGUGGUCCUGUUGACGGGAUCAUAAGAAUUUAUUAAGACUGAUCAUUAAUUCAUUAUUAAGUUACGCUAGUUCGAUCCACCAUGAUGGUAGUAUAAUGUGUGUGUAUGUGUGUGUUUAAUUACGUAGUUGUUUGCGUAUAUAAAGUUAAAUACAAUUUGUAUGUGAGGAUCCAUCAGUUUUACAGAGAUUUCUAGUUUUCAAUUUACAAUCUGUUCCAACACUUACAGUGAAUACAUAGACAAAAGUAAUCUCUCUAACUCUGAUGGAUUGAUUAUUUUAUAGUCUGUGUAUAUUACAUAUUGGCUGUUAUUUGUUUUUUGCAUUUGAUUUUGAACUGCUUUCAAACUCACAAGUAUUUGUAUGUCCAAGAAGAUAUGUUCUUAAUUGAAAUAAGGCUGUGCAUACAUUGUAGUAUGCUGUUGCAAUCUCCUCACUGUCCAGUUGGGAACUCUUUGCACUCUGUUCCUGAGUCCAUAGUUAUAAGGAGUCGUCUGCCUACCGCCUUUACAUUAUUUCAUUAUAAGGUAAAUAAUUAACAAUGUAACAUAACGGACUUGGUUAUACUAUUAGUGUAGUCAAAAUAUCUAGAUGUAAGAGAUUUUAAGUCAAAGAAAGCAAGUUAAAUUGUUUAAAAUGUGUUAUUAUUUAUGUCUUAAAGUAUUAAAAUGGUUAUUUCUUAUUAAUUAGUUUGUAAAUGAUGAUAAUCAGUAUAUUCUCACGCUUUCCUUUCGACCGUCGUUAAAACCAAUAAAUAAAAGAUCCGGUUUUAAAAUGGCAUUAAUUCAAUAACAAUUCUUUAUAUUAUAUUUAUUAUGAGUAACAUUUUAAUAGUUACAAUAAAUAUAGACUUUUUACUUGUAAAUUUUAAAUAUUAAAAUUUAGGACCCCUUGGAUUAUCGUAAAUCUACGUAAUCUUGAUUUUUCUUUUAUUGGUUUUACAUUAUAUCAUGAAAUAUGAAUACAUAUUACAAUUUUUCUACACUCUAUCGCAUGUUUGAUGUUUCAAUAUUUAAGAUAAUAAUCCAUUGUAUUGAAUUAUAAUCAUAGUACAUAAUCACUUAUGCAAUUUUUUUAAUGUUUGAAGUAUAGAGGGUUUGGUUAAAAUAGACGAUUAUGUUAAGAAUAUUAUUUCAGUUUAGCGAGUCUUUAUUAGUUAGAGAUAGGGGGAAAAUAACUCAUGUAAAUACACAAACCCGCAGUUUUAUAAGUUUUGUUUUAUAUCAAAAUCGCCAUUAUAUUUUCACUCUAUCGCUAACAGACUCAGUUCCUACGCAUUAUAGAUAGUAAUUAUGUAAUAAUUUUACAGUUCGUAUUUAGAAUACUAAUGAUAAAGUGUAGAAAACGAUGCAUGAAUAUUUCCUUUUUGAUAUGAAGUUGAUAAAAAAAUAUUUCCUCUGAUUUAAAUUGUACAACAUUUGACCUACAUUUACGAAUAUUUAUAAAAUAUUGAUACUUA